AAAGAGCAACGGUAUAGAAUUUCAUCCACAGGAAAAGAAGGGGAAAAAAACAAACACUAGGCAGUGUCUGUGUUCUCUUCCGUUUCCGAUUAUUCCAAUUCGAAAUCUGCAGGAUGAGAGUGGAAAGAGAGAGGAACAGCAACACAGUGAUGCCGCCGGCGGCGGCGGCGGCGGCGGGGGGGAGGAGAAUCGGGUACAUAAACGCGCAAACGGCGUCGUUGCAGCAGCAUCAGAUCCGUGGCUCCUCAGUGGUGACGUGGUUCCUGCAGAGGCCCCACUCCAUCCCCUUGGUCCUCGCCGUCUUCCUCUUCCUCGCGUGGCUCUCACUCCGCCUCCAGCGCGUGGCCUACGCGCCCCCUCACUCCUUCCAAACGGACAUCAGGGCCAACCUCGCCAGGUUCGACGCUUCCGAGGUCGCAAAGGACAACCGCGGCUGGAUCUUCGAUCCUAUCGCCCUCGCCCGCGCUUCCGGCAUUUCAGGUGGAGCAGUGUCGUGUGCGUCGCUUCACGUGGGAGAAAUUCGGCCGGGGAAGAUAAGAGCGAAUCACAGACACCACGAUUCUAAUGAGACUUUCCUCAUUUGGGGCGCUGCUACCAAGUUUAGGAUGGAGAACAACGAUGAAGAUGAUGGUUAUGCUGAAGUGAUCCUUGGCAGAGAUGAGAUUGCUGUAGCUGCAAGUCCAGUUCACAAAGCGCAUGCUUUAGUCAACAUUGAUUCCAUUCGGAGUAUCUUCUUCAUAGGAUGUCAAGACAAUGUUGUAAGCUAUAAUGCAUCUAGUACUGACUUCAAUGUUUGGAAAGAUCUUUGAACAUUUUUUCCAUUUUUUGUUUCUAAAUCUGAAAAUGUAUCUGAGCCUCCAUAUUGCUGCACAGCAUGAUGAAGUUUUGACCUAUCAGUUGUCUAUAUAUCUAUGAAGCUUAGUUACAAAUUCGGUUUGUGAA